AUGAUCGCCCCUGGCACGGUGAAGCAGCUGAACGAGUUCCUGGACGAGCUCCCGGAGGUGCCCAGAGACAAGGUGUGCGUGGACGACUCCAACGGCUACCAGGCCUACGCCGCCAUGAACUUUGGGCGGCUCGGGGAGUCCACCCCGACUGGCGUGAAGAUGGAGGUGCCCGACCUGGGUGGCGUCGGCGGCGUGUUCAAGUACCUCGGCAAGGUGGUGUCUCUGGCGCCUGAGCAGCGGGACGAGAAGGGCGUCCCCCAGGGUGUGCUCCUGCUCGGGGGCACCUUCGUCGUGAAGAGCACCGAGGUAACCUACGCUUGGGCCGACCGUAUCCCAGGCGAUUAUCCCAAGCCGGCCGAAGUUUUUGCUGGUCUCAGCGAAGACUAA